CUUGUUGAUUUCAGAGCUGGUGAAUUUCACAUUGUUUCCACUUCACUUUCCUUGCCCGGGGGGGAGGCUCCGGCUGGCGCUACGACCGCUGUCGCCGCUGCCAGCGAGAGCUAAGGGAGGACAGGGACCCGCAGCAUCGGGGAGGGCUCGGGACCGGAGGAAAAGGUGUCGGGGCCACACACGCACCCUCGCUGCAGUCCAGCUCCUCCCGAAGCCCGGACGCCGGGAGCGCACCGAGCGGGGGACCGCCCGCCUAGACGCCAGCCCGCCCACGGGCCGGGGCCGAGCCCGGGAGCCGGCGAGUGGAGGAGGCCCCGGGGGCGGGGUGGGGGGCGGGGGUGGGUGCCGCCGCCGCCGCGGAGCUGCUGCUCGGCGCGUUUUGCAUGAAGAUGGCGGCUCCCACCGCCAGCAAGGCAGCCUCCCUGGGCUGUAACAACAAGCCUGCGUUCCCGGAGCUGGAUUUCAGGUCGGGAGCUCGGGUGGAGGAAUUGAACAAACUCAUCCAAGAAUUUACGAAGCACGACCAGCGGGAAUACGACGACCAGAGAGCGCUGGAGAUUCACACAGCCAAGGAUUUCAUCUUUUCCAUGCUGGGAAUGGUGCAAAAGCUGGACCAAAAACUUCCAGUGGCUAACGAGUACCUGUUGCUCUCUGGAGGAGUCCGAGAAGGCGUGGUGGAUCUGGACUUAGAUGAGCUAAAUGUCUAUGCCCGAGGUACUGACUAUGAUAUGGACUUUACCCUUCUGGUGCCAGCCCUUAAACUACAUGACCGCAAUCAGCCCGUGACUCUCGAUAUGCGUCACUCAGCCUUGUGCCACUCCUGGCUCAGCCUUCGUCUCUUUGAUGAGGGGACAAUCAGUAAAUGGAAAGACUGCUGCACCAUCGUAGACCACAUCAAUGGUGCCACCAACUACUUCUUCUCCCCUACCAAAGUGGCCGACUGGUUCUAUGACUCCAUCAGCAUUGUCCUAUCAGAGAUCCAGAAGAAGCCCCAGCGAGGGAUGCCAAAGGUAGAAAAAGUAGAAAAGAAUGGGACCAUCAUCUCCAUCAUUCUGGGUGUGGGGAGCAGUCGCAUGUUGUACGAUAUCGUCCCUGUGGUAUCUUUCAAAGGUUGGCCUGCAGUGGCCCAGAGCUGGCUCAUGGAAAAUCACUUUUGGGAUGGGAAGAUAACGGAGGAGGAGGUCAUCAGUGGGUUUUACUUGGUGCCUGCUUGCUCCUACAAGGGUAAAAAGGACAACGAGUGGCGGCUGUCCUUUGCCAGGAGCGAGGUGCAGUUGAAGAAGUGCAUCUCUAGCAGUCUCAUGCAGGCCUACCAGGCCUGCAAAGCCAUCAUCAUCAAACUCCUGUCCCGGCCCAAGGCCAUUAGCCCCUAUCACCUGCGGAGCAUGAUGCUCUGGGCCUGCGACAGACUUCCUGCCAACUAUCUGGCUCAAGAAGACUAUGCCGCCCACUUUUUGCUGGGCCUCAUUGAUGACCUGCAACACUGUCUGGUCAACAAGAUGUGUCCCAAUUAUUUCAUCCCUCAGUGCAACAUGCUGGAGCACCUGUCGGAGGAGACGGUCAUGCUCCACGCCCGCAAGCUCUCCUCCGUGCGCUCAGAUCCCGCGGAGCACUUGCGCACGGCCAUCGAGCACGUCAAGGCAGCCAACCGCCUGACGCUGGACCUCCAGCGGCGCGGCAGCACCACCAGCAUCCCCUCCCCGCAGUCGGACGGAGGGGACCCCAACCAGCCUGAUGACCGUUUGGCAAAAAAACUGCAGCAGCUCGUGACUGAGAACCCGGGGAAGUCCAUCUCUGUCUUUAUUAACCCCGAUGAUGUCACAAGGCCCCACUUCAGAAUUGAUGAUAAAUUUUUCUGAGUGUUUUGCUGACUUUUUUUUUUGGAGGGGGGUCUCUCCUGGUUCUAAAACUCCCAUAACCUUCAGUGUGGUUUGUGAUUCUGUCUUUCCGUUUUUUACAUAUCCAGCUUAGAUUGGAUUUGUUAAGAACAGAUUUUAAGUUUCCUGGUUCUGCAGGAUGGUGCAGGCUCUGAAACAGUAUAUUACUAUUUCAUACUCUGCCUCUGAUUUUGUCGUGUAUGUUUUCACGUUAUUGUCCUGUAGUUUUGUUUGUUGGUUUUGUUGCUGUUUGUUUUUUAAGGAGAACUUGAGCCAUAGAUGAAUAUGCCCAUGAAUCCUCUUGUUUUUUUUUUUUUUCUUUUCUUUUUUUCUGUUUUAUACUUUGAGCAGAAUUUAUUAAUAGGGCUUGGGAAACAAAUCUCUGACAUUUAAGAAUUCUAAUGUAUUUUUUGUUUUCUUUCUGUCUUUAUUUUUCUAAUGAGUUUUCAUCACUGUGGAUAUUUGAGAAUCAUAAGAACCUGGGAACUACCUGGCACGUUGACUGGAUUUCUUUCUUUUGAUCAGUGACCAGAGUGGUUUCCCCCUUUUCCACCAGACUAUGUAAACUUUGAAAGUAAUAAUGCUACAAAUUGUAUUUGGGGCAACUUCACUGAAGGUAAUUGUCCUGGAUCCAGCAAACAUUGGAUGGUUUGGAAGAGUAUGUUUGAUAGCUUUGCAAACAAAUUUAAGGUUUCCAAAUGUUAUGUUUAGCAUGUAUAAUUAUUUGAAGCCUUAUUUAAGUCCUGUUAAAGAAUAUACCAUUAUAAUUGUUAUUUGCACUAAUGAAAUCUUUGCCAUUGUCAGAGUUGCGAUGUGUGUUUCAGUAGGAAUUAACAUCCACUCUUGAAAUGCUAUCAGUUGUUCAUUUAGCCCAUUUCUCUCAGUUGAUAGAAUGAUUCUUUGUAUUUGUUUAGUUCUCCUUUAAUUGUGGGGUCCUGUUUUGCCCUCUUUGAUAUUCCUGGUUCCUAACUUACUGAGAGAAGUUUUUAAAGCUUUAUACCUGUUCAAUGACUCUAUCUAAAGUUGGGGAAGAUACAUACUUGAUAAAGUAGGUGUCUUUGUAUUUAUUUCUUUUGGGGUUCUAGAGGUGAGUUUUUGGUUAUUAUUAUUUUUUUAAAUGAAGUCUCUUUAUUUCUCCUGAGCUUUUUGAGGAAAACUGGCAGGAAAAUUUUAUUAUCCUCAAAGAGAAGAUACCACGUCUGUUCAAUAGCAGGUGUUAUUGUAGAGCUGGAACCAGGAAAAUCUGUGUGGCAGCAUUGGAACAGAGGUGUCCUGUCUUCAUGAGUGAAAUUCCUUGCCAGUUGUAGGUGCUUCAAGACAUUGGCUCCCUGCUUUGGUCUGGAUUCAUGGCAAACUGCUGUUCGAGGGUCAAGAGACCUGCUGCUCUCCCAAAGGAUACCCAUGAUGUCUACUCAUGGAAAAGUCAAGCAACAUCUUGGUUUUCGUCUUGAAUGUCCAGACUCAUUAGUUGGAUUUUUGCCAUUUGGAAUCAGGCAUAUGUGGUCUUGGGUUUUUGCAUGGGAAUUAAUGUAAUGCUUAUAAAUGAAAAUGAAAUCAUUCAAUGAACUUAAGUUAAUUGCAGAAAUAAUAAUAAAAAAAGAAGCAUACUGACCUUG